AUGGCAGAAACAGAUGCGACCACAACACUAAACGCUAGCGUCGUGUCCACAGCGUCUCAAUUUAAUUCUCAAGAUAAGUUCUCUCCGGCAGCUUCACAUAACUCAUUUACGGAAUUGGUUACGAUCAAAGAUCUUGCAAAUGAAUUAGCCGACUCGGAAGAAGAAGAGGUGACAACUGCCGAGUUUUCCGUUGACUUGACUGACGGCCAGACGUGGGCCAUAAAUUUCUAUGAGUGCGCAGCUGAAGGUGAUCUUGAGUGCUUAGAAGAAAUAAUAGAAAGUGGGCAUGUGAAUGUUAAUGAUGUGGACGUGGAUGGAUUUACGGCCUUGAUGGUAGCCGCGGCCGAAGGUCACCGCGACGUGGUACACGCGUUACUGCGACGCGGUGCCGACGUCAAUAUUCGGACUCAUGAACUUCGAUCGACUGCUUUACACUUUGCUGCAAAGAACGGAGACGCAGAGAUUAUAGCUGCUUUAUGCGAGAGUGACGCACGGGUUGUGGACGCUUGGAACAUUAACACUGACACGCCGCUGAUAUGGGCGUGCAUUGAAGGCCGAGCUGAGGCUGUGAAAGUUUUGCUGGAGUAUGGUGCAGAUGUCGACGUGUUAAAUCAACACGGCGCGUCAACGUUAUUAUGUGCCGUCAUGAUUGGCGAAGAACCUGAUCAGGAUGCUGGGAGUGAUGAUAAAAGGGCAGACAUUGUGUCCAUGUUACUGAAAAAGAAUUCGAAGCUAAUCAAUUUUCAGGACCGAGAAGGUAGCACGGCCAUGCACUUGGCUGCAUCAUGCGGAUACUUAGAAUGCGUCAAGACGCUGUUGGCGUUUGGCGCAGAUAUCACAUUACGGAAUGUAAUGGGGCAGACUCCGCUUGAGGAAGCACAGGACUCGCAUGUACGCGAGAGUCUUCCAUGUGUCGAGCAUUUGCGUAGGGUCUGGCGACAGCUGGAAGAAGAAGCUGCAACACGCAUGAUGGCAAUGCUUGAGAUGGAGGAAGAGGCGGGUAAGAGUGCGACGGGAACAGGUCACGUAGCUGGUAGCAAGAAGAAUAAGAAGAAAAACAAAAAGGCAAAGCGCAAAGCAUCAAAAUCGCACCAACAGCCACACGAAUCGGAUUUAGAUGCUGAUCUUGCGAAAGAGGAAACGACGAUAAAUGUGGUUAAGUUCUUAGGUAAUGAGGAAAAUCGUGCAAGCUCAAGUGAAGAGAAAGACACGUCACGCCGAGCUUCUGUCAAAUCUCCUGAUCAAAAUAGCGACGAGGAAAAUGAAGAAAGGAUUGAUGUGUCGGAUACAGUUCAAAUAAUGGAUGGAGACCCCACGGAAGGACUCGAUGCACUAGCCUCAACUAAUGCGUGGACGACUGUCGGUAAAAAGCAUCGUUCUGCCAUCCCAACGGUUACUAGCAGCUUGGUUAAAUCGUCUACUUUUAUUCCUCAGGAGACUGCUUUAUCGCCAACGACCCAGCAAAAGUCUACGACGACAUCUUUUUUUCAAUCUGCCACACAUCAGUGGACGAAUCGACAAUCUAGCAACGCUUACGAAUCGAGUGGUGAAAGAGCGACUCCUGAGUCAGUUGUUGCUCGCACCUCGACGAGAAGGUCAUGGAAAUCGAAAAAUAGUAUCCAUACGACGUCAUCAAUACUAGAUCCUAACGCACCUGUCUUUAAAUCUCAUGAGGUGACGAAUGAAUCAACUAGCUCCAGCGAGCCAAAUGCAAACCGUUUAAGCCACUCUCCACUUAUGCAAACAUCGCCGUGGCAACCGAACGAUGGCUCCUUGCGUGCAACGGCUUCGUGUAACCCUGCGUCAUCGUCAGUAGCAUCGACACGUGUUCAUUACUCGUCUAGUAGUGGACGAUUGCAGUGGAAGCAUCAACAUUUAAACAGUCACCGCAGAGUUGUAAAUGAAGUUCGUGAUCGAUGGUUAAGCAAACUGCGAUUAAGCAACGACAAUGUGACUGAAACACUCGGAUACUUGGCCUGUGGCCUGUGUGGAGAGCUCGUCCAUGAUAAUUUGCAAUGUAGUGGCGGUACUUCUGGAUCUUCAGGAAAGAAGGCUGUACUAGCAUGUACGCAAUUAUACUGUGCAUCAUGCCUUGAAUCUGCGGCACUUCAAAUGGCUAACUCGACGAUGUUUAAGUGCAUUCGAUGCCAUGAAGUGAUCGCAAAAGAUUCCAUGACUCGGAACAGUCUAGCCCAAGCUCAAGCUGCGUCGCUAGGGCUUUCCAUGUCUCAUUUGACUACUGCAGACGAGUCAACCUGCUACUCGUUGGAGGACAUGCAACAGCUCUUGGAAUCCUCAGAAUCUCGCGUGUCUGCCGUGGAUUUACAAGUCGUCCACUUGCUUCCAGGUAUGGAUCUCAGUAUGCUGAGUAAUGGCCAACUUGAAGUGCUAGAAAGUAUUCAUCAACUCGGGCUCGGGCAAACUGUCGAGCAGCGCCUUUCAAACGCCCGAGGGCUUGAGCGGUUGCGUAUGGAAGAAUGGCUGAAGAUGCAGCGGAGCGUGCUAAACUUUACUACGAGAUGA